UGUGUAUUUAUGUCUAUGGUUUUUCUCUGCAGCUUGUAGUUCAAUGACGUCAAAUAGCACUGAGUGUGAGUAAAGAGGAAACUCAGAUCUCAGAUCUGUUCAACGACAUUCAUAGCUGGGCUGCAUCCAUCCAGCAUUGUGUGACGAAUUUCAAAUUUGGACAUAAUCGCCAAGAGAUCCAGACCCUACAAUGGCGAACACUACCCUGGGAGAAUCUUCCUCAACCUCUGGUGCCCCUAAUUCAACUCCGAUUGGGAAAUAUGACGUUUUUCUGAGUUUCAGAGGAGAAGAUACUCGCUUGAAGUUUACAGAUCACUUGUAUCAUGCUCUCACUAGAAGUGGGCUCAAAGCUUUUAGAGAUGAUGAAAAACUUCAAAAAGGAGAAGUUUUAUCACCACAGCUCAUUCAAGCAAUUAAGGAUUCUCUCUGUGCAGUUGUGGUUCUCUCUCAAAAUUAUGCAGAUUCCAAAUGGUGUUUGAUUGAACUUCAACAAAUUCUUGAAACCAUGAACAACAUGGGUCGACGGGUUUUUCCAAUCUUCUAUGAUGUAGAUCCAUCUGAUGUGAGAAAUCAAAGAAAAAGAUUCGGAGAAGCUCUAGCCAAUCAUGAAGAGAGACUUAGAGGAGAAGGGGACACAACGACAGUGCAGAUUUGGAAAAACUCUUUGUCUGAAAUUGGAAACAUGUCUGGUUGGGACACCAGAAAUCGGCCUGAAGUACGACUUAUUGAAGAAAUGGUUGGAGAAGUAUGGAAAUAUCUAUGGUCCAAGUUACCAUCUUAUGAUGAUAACCUGGUUGGAACAGAGCGAAGAAUGGUUGAUCUAAUGUCAUGCUUGGAGAUUGAGUUGGAUGACAUUCACUCUGUAGGAAUAUGGGGUAUGGGCGGCUCUGGCAAAACGACUCUUGCAAAAGUUGUUUAUGAAAAAAUCUCAGAGAGAUUUGAAAUGUGUUCAUUUCUUGCCAAUGUUAGAGAAACUUUGCAAACAAAAGGCCUAGUCUCUUUGCAGAAAAGUCUUCUUUCUCAAAUUGGAAUCAAGGAGAAAAUUUAUGAUGAAUAUGAAGGAAUGAAGAUGAUAAAAAAGCUUUUCCGCAAUAAAAAAGUUCUUCUUGUCCUUGAUGAUUUAGAUGACGAGAAUCCAUUAGAGAAGUUGGCUGGAGGUCUAGAUUGGUUUGGUAAAGGGAGCAGAAUAAUUAUCACAACAAGAAAUAGUCAUGUGGUCACCUCAUUCGAAGGGAAAUUAUAUGAGAUGAAAGCCAUGAAGGAAGAUGAGGCUCUUCAACUCUUUUCAAAGAAAGCAUUCAAGAAAGAUCAUCCCAAAGGGGAUUAUCUAGAGUUGUCUAAAGCUGUGGUUGCAUAUGCAGGAGGUCUUCCUUUGGCACUUGAAGUUUUGGGUUCUUUUCUUUACAAAAGAAGUAUAGAUGGGUGGAUUGAUACUUUGAAUAAAUUGAAGCAAAAUCCAAAUACAAAUAUUUUUAAAACACUUAAAAUAAGCUUUGAUGGAUUAGAUGAGAAAGAAAAGACAAUAUUUUUGGAUAUUGCUUGUUUUUUCCGGGGUUGGAGGAAAGAUAAAGUGACCCUACUUUUGGAUGGUUGUGAUCUAAACCCAAUAAUAGGAAUAGAAGUCUUGAUUGAAAAAACUUUACUAGUUGAAAGGAAAUAUUAUUCAGAAGAUCUCUAUUUAGAUAUGCAUGAUUUACUUGAAGAGUUGGCUAAGGAUAUCAUUCGUCAAGAAUCUCCCAAUCCUGGCAGCCGUAGCAGGUUGUGGGAGUUUGAGGACUUUAAGGAAGUAUUGGAAAAUAACAACGGAUCUAAAGCAAUAGAAGCUGUUUGUAUGCGACAUAUUUUGCUGGACCCUGGGAACGAGCAUAAAAUAGAAGUACACCCUAAAGCCUUUUCAAAGAUGAAUAAUAUUAGAUUGCUCAUAAUAGACGGCCUUUUUCAUGAGCUCAUCUUGCCAAGGGAAUUGGAACUUCCUAGUGCAUUGAAAGUUGUUUGCUGGCCACAAUUUUCUCUUGAAGCUCUCCCCUUUCCCUUCAUAAAGCAACUUUGGAAUGGCAGGCAGUCUAUGAAAAAGUUGAAACAUAUUGAUCUGAGCCAUUCUGACGAUUUGAUCGAAACUCCAGACUUCUCAGGGGUUCCAAAUUUAGAACAUUUAAAUCUUAAAGGGUGCAAAUCCCUUGUCAAGGUUCAUCCAUCAUUUGGAGAGUUGAAAAGACUUGUUGAGAUUAACUUGAGUGGGUGUUUCAAUCUUGAAAUCCUACCAAGAAAAUGGGGAACAAGUUCUUUGAAAAGGUUAGAUCUAUGUCAGUGUGAAAAAGUUGUGGUGCUCCCAGAGUUUGGAGAUGGUUCGAAUAAACUAUCAUAUCUCGAUGUGCGUUGUACUAAAGUUGCGGUGCUCCCAAAGUUUGGGGAAGGCUCAAGUCAUUGCCAUGGCUUCCACCACGGUUGAUUCGAUUAAGUGCAGUUGGUUGUGAUUCAAUGGAAGCUUUAUCAGAUGGAGAGUUAUGGAAUUUGGUUGCUUCAAGAGACCAUGAGAAUCGUGGGCGAAUUGAAUAUGCAAAUACUAAUGAGACACUGAGGCAUGCUGAUGAUGAUGAUUAUUGUGUGGCUACAUUUAUGUUCGAGGACGUUAAGUUUAGUAUUGGCGCAGUCGGAAUGUCUGCCCCAAAGAGAUUUUAUUGCAAUUGUGCCAGCUGGAUGGGAAAUACCAUCAUGGUGUACAUGUACAGAAUAUCAUAUUUUGGAUGAGGAUGGACAGGAAUGUGAGAUAAAAGUGGAGAUACCCCAAUCUUUC